UCUGUUGCACGAUGACCACUUCCGUGUUUUACGGACACGUCGAGCUUCUACGGCGCUAAAUCCUCCAUUGAAGCCCGCACUUGACCAAAUAAUUGACCAAGCGCAACAAUGUCGGCCUCAGUUGUAUCAGUCAUUUCUCGGUUUCUUGAAGAAUACACCGCUACGACGCCCAAUAAGUUGAAAGUGGUGGACGCAUAUUUGUUGUAUGUCAUGCUGACGGGAGCGCUGCAGUUCCUCUACUGUCUGCUCGUUGGAACGUUUCCCUUCAACAGCUUUCUAUCUGGCUUCAUCUCGUGCGUGGGCUCUUUCAUUCUCGCAGUGUGUCUGCGUAUCCAGAUCAACCCACAGAACAAAGGAGACUUCUUGUCCAUCUCGCCAGAGAGAGCCUUUGCUGACUUUCUGUUUGCCCACACUGUCCUGCAUCUCGUCGUCAUGAAUUUCAUUGGUUGAACAUAUUGCUUUAAUUUGCAGUAUCCCGUUGAUGGAAGGAACAGAUGGGGAGC